CCCUCGCCAGACCUCGGCCCCGCUUUCCCGCGGCGCUCCUGCUGCCUCUGCCCGGCCGAGGGCGGCCCGGGCUCCAGCAGCGCCUCGCCGGCCUCCUCCCCGGACUCCUGCGGCUCCUUGCCGGGCUCCCGGGCCUGGCGGGGGGCGGGCGGGCGGGCGCGGCUGGGCGGCGGGCAGCGGCAGAGCGCCAGCCAGCGCGAGAAGCUCCGCAUGCGGCGCCUGGCCCAAGCCCUGCACGCGCUGCGCCGCUACCUGCCCGCCUCGGUGGCCCCGGCCGGGCAGAGCCUGACCAAGAUCGAGACGCUGCGCCUCGCCAUCCGCUACAUCGGCCACCUCUCCGAGCUGCUCGGCCAGCAGACGCCGCCGCCGCCCCGCCUGCCCGCCCCGCCGCAGGCAGAGUUGUGGGGCGCCGCUCCCGCCCCGAGCUGCGGACAAGGCGGCCGAGCAGGCAUCGCGCUGUUCCCGCCGGCGCCGCCGCCGCCGCCGCCCCGCCUGCCCGCCCCGCCGCAGGCAGAGUUGUGGAGCGCCGCUCCCGCCCCGAGCUGCGGACAAGGCGGCCGAGCAGGCAUCGCGCUGUUCCCGCCGGAGCCGCCCGCCGCGCCCCCGUCGCCCGCCUGCCAGAGUCUCCCCGACGAGCUGCUCGCCUUCCUGGAGGAUUUCUUCCCGCUGGCGGCUCCCGGCCCGGACUGACCGCCGCCGCCGCCGGCCGGCCCCGCGCCAGCAGCAGAAGAGGCGGCCCACCCGCGCCGGACGGAGCGCCGCGUUCUCGGAGCCGACCUAGCAGCCCUCGCCAGCCGAGGGACCCCGCGGCCAAACGGCCUUCCGAGCAGGCGCCGAGCGGAUAACGGGAAGCGGCGCCUCCUCCCCCGGCUGCGGCCGCCCGAGACCCGCUUCGGCUCCUCCGGCUCCAUCGCGCUUGGUGGGGCGAGGACAGAAAACGGCCCCGGAACGGCCGGGCCGCCGGACGCGCCUCGAACCGUUGAGCAAACUCCGGACUCGGACUUUUCGGAGGCCGUGAGCAGCAGGCGCCCCCUGGUGGCGGUUUCUGCCCUGAUGCCCGCGGGGCCCUUUCCGUUCAUUGGUUCUCCCUGAAGCUUCUGGACUCUUUGUAAUAAUUACAGUCUUUUGCAAUUCUGAUGGUAUUUAUUAUCAUGGGGGAAAAUGGGGUAGAAAUGAUUGGGUAAAAUAAAUGGUUUUU